UUAGUUACUCUCUCUCUCCCCAUUUUUCUUGUCUAAAUUUCAUUAAGAAUUUCGCAUAAAUUAUUUGUUCAUCUUGUAAAUUACACGUUGAAGACGUACCCUUAAGUUUUCAAGCUCCAUUGAUCUAGGAAAGUUUACCCACAAAAAUGGAAACGAUGCACAAAUUCAAACUAUCACUUCUUGCUCUCUUAAUGCUACUGCCCUCGACAAAAUCUUCAACAGUACUGCCAAAUUCAAGAAUGUUGUACCAAAUUGCAUGCACAAUGUGCUCCACAUGUUGUGGCAGUUCCCCAGUUACAUCACCACCACCACCACCUCCGCCGCCUCCUUCACUAGCCACCACUUCCAACUGCCCACCGCCACAAUCUCCGCCUGCGUCACCAGGAGGGGGCUUUUACUACUCUCCACCACCACCACCAGCUUCCACCUACACUUACUCUUCACCGCCACCUCCACAAGGCGGUGUCAUUGGCGGCACUUAUUACCCUCCACCAAAUUACAAGAACUAUCCUACACCCCCUCCUCCUAACCCAAUUGUCCCAUACUUCCCUUUCUACUAUUAUAUCCCCCCACCUCCUUCAACGUCUGCUUCUUUCAAGUUGAUAGCUUCUUACACUGUGCUUCCGGGGGUUGCUUUAAAUACUUUGCUUGUUUUGAUGUAGAUUAUAAAGAAAGUAAUGAAGAUGAAAUAAUGUGGCAGAUCUGGGAAAUUAAGUCGCUGCUGAUGAUAUCAGAGAAACUGAGAGUCUUGGCUUCUUGAAACAAGAAGGCGCCCUUCUUUCACUUAGCUUUGGAUCAAGACAUGGGAUUUUUGGCGCAGAAACAAUUGUGAAGUAAAUCACUCUCCUUUUUCUCUUUGCUGUAGAUUGAUCUGUAAU